AGAGGUAUUCAUAACAAAUUCAAGACAUUAACAUUACAUAGGGAAUUUCGAAUUAUUUGAGCAUAAAGUUCAAUGACGCGAAGUACACAUGAGUCGUCAAGACAUUAACUGAUUGUUGGCGCGAAAAUUAAAACACCCCCUUUUUCUUUCUAGGGUUUCAUUUCAAUUUAGCUUUUCUUAAAAUCACUCGAAUUCAUAACAAAUUCUUCUACAAAUCAUCUUCAUCAACAAAGUUCCGACAAUGUCGAAUUUCUUGGAUCAAUUAAACCAAAUCAAAUCUCUAAUCUCAUCAUCUUCAAAAUCGGAGAAGUCAUUUGCUUAUUCAACUCUUCAGCACCUUCAAGAACUAUCUAAUAGCGAUGAUUCCUUAAUUCAGUUUCUUGUUGAUCAUAAUAUAGCUUUUCUUUCUUCGAUUGUUUCCGACAUUUGUAUUGAUGAUGCAGAUGAAGAAAUUUUUUCACUGGCUUUGAAGUGUUUGGGGUUCAUUAUGUACCACCCUUCACUUGUUGCCGCAACUCCGAAGGAAUAUGUCGAUCGAGUGCUAGAGUCACAGGCUAGAUUGAUCACAAAAACGAAAAUCAAGGUAGUUUGCAAUCUAGCUGUGUGGUGUAUAUCCGUCCAACAGCUUGAUGCGUCAUCUUUAGCUUCUCAUUUCGAUCCCUUGUUGAGGGCUAUUGUUCAUUCCCUUGACAAUCCUUUUGGUUCUUUGUCUACAACAUUUGAGGCUAUUCAGGCUGUCAUGAAGUUAGCUACUCAGCUAAGUGAAAAAAUGCGAGACAAAUCUAGCAUAUGGGCACCUCCUAUAUAUAGAAGACUCCUUAGUGCCGACAAGAGAGAGAGGGAUAUGUGCCUAAGAUGUUUAUUGAAGGUCAAAUGUCUUCUUAUUCCUGCACAGUUGUCCCUUUCAAAGGCAAUCGCUCAAGAUAUAAAGCUAAGAUUACUUACUGGGAUGGAUGAAAUGAUAAAACGUAAUAAGAAAGUUCAGGUCAUCGAAGCGUGGGGAUGGUUUAUCCGUAUUCUUGGACAUUAUUCAUUGAAGUGCAGGUAUUUGGUUAAUGAAUUACUUAAAAUUCCUGAGCAAACAUUUUCUGAUCCAGACCCCCAAGUCCAGGUUGCCACACAGGUAGCAUGGGAAGGUUUAAUAGAUGCACUUGUUUGCCUUCCCCCGAAGGUUAAGGAUACAUCACAAGUUAGUGAAGGCAUAGCCCAAAAUUUGGCGCUUUCAAAAAGUUUGAAGCUCAUCAUGACACCCGUGAUUGGAGUUAUGACAGGCAAAGCUGCCCUUUGUGUACAAUUGUCUUGUCUGAACACUUGGUGCUAUCUGUUACAUAAGCUUGAUAGCCUGAUAAAUGAUCCUCAGAUACUUCAAAUAGUUGUGGAGCCAAUGUUCAAGGUUAUCUUCAACUUUGGACUCGAGGAUGGGAACCUUUGGAUGUGGAGCUUAUGCAUGGAUCUGCUUUUCGAUUGUAUUCAAGCAAGAACUGUAAGUUAUGGAUCUGAUACUUUGGACUCUGGUAAAUUACUUCCAAGAACAACUGACAAAGUAAGUCGUUUAUCAAAGGAAUCUGCACUUAAGAAUUAUUCUGUUACAUGGUUGUCUUGGGACUGUAGUAGGAUAGAUUUCCUUGUGAGAAUGAUUCAGAAAAUCUUCUGUCAAGCAGCAACUACAACUUUAUGCCCUGAAAAGAAGCGGUUGGUUUGUGAUGCUGCAUUGAGGACAUUUGAUUCUUUCUUAAAAGGAGUGCAUGUAAAUUUUGAAAAACCUUCAACUAGUAACGAGACUGUUAUGCAGUCCAUAAAGGCCAUUCUGAUGUUUGUCAAGUCAGUAUAUGACACUGCUUUUUCUGUGGUUGAUCCUACUAAUGACUUUCAAUUACUUUGCUUGCAUUCUCUAGAAGCUGUGAUUCAGGAGCUUGAUCCUUCUAUUCUGGGUUCCCCCCUUUAUAAGGUUGUUUUAGAUAUCAAGGAUAUCUCUGAAGGUGAAGUUGGGCUAAAAGUGCUGAAAGAAAUCAGCCCUAUAAAUUUUAUUGAUAUGGUUCCACCAAUAAUAUACUUAAUUGUGCAUCACUUACAUUUGUUGGUUCAACUGAGCUAUAAAACAGCCAACACGGGGUCCAUUAUACAGAAAGCUCAUAAAUUUUAUUGUCGUGUGCUAUGCUCCUAUGAUUCAUUGGCAGUUAUCCAUGCCGUUUCACUCAUGCUGUAUGGUCGUAGUGAUGAUGGUUGUAUAAAAAUUUGGAUUUUGUUUGCCCUAUGUCUGAAGGAAUACAUAGAUGGUGUUAAAGAUCUCAUGCCUUUGCAAGUCCCGCCUGCAAGUACUGGUAGUCUUACCGUCUGCUAUUUCUUGAUUUAUCCUCUUGUCUAUUCCUUUCAGAAAUCAAUAAGCCCUCAAAAGGAGUGCAACUCCCUUACAACUUCUCUAUUCUUCUCGACAAGCCCUUUAUGUGAUCAAGCUACUGAUGUGUGGAUGUCACUUUAUUGCCUAUUGAAUUCUAGCAAUAUGCAAGAAUUUCAAAGUAAAAAUAGUUUUGCUGAAGAUCUUUGUUCAUCUUUGAAUGGUUUUUUUCUUCAAAGUGAGAUUUCUGAGGUUCUCAAUGAGGUUAAUUUUUGUGAUUACAGUCGGGAGUCCCAUAUUUUUGUUCUUUGUGGGAAUUUAGCCAGGUGUAUAAUUCUGAAUUUGCAUAUAGAAAAGGUCACUCCUGAAGGCAUUAAAUGUGGUUAUAAUUCAUCCAGUGGAAUCAACAACUGCUUGGAAUUCAUAAUCAGGCUUAUGAAUUUUCUGAGCACAAGUAAAGAGGCCACAGAUCAUAUGCUCUCUAGGAUGCUGACACCAUUGACUAGCUUAGUCAGUCGCCUUCAGUGGAAAGAUGAUAUCUUGUCCGUAUUUAAGGUACUUUGUGAUUCAUUGCUUCACUGGCUUUCAGAUAAUGUGAUAAACAGUGAUGAAAUCAGAAACCAGUUGCCGCUGUUGUGGACUGAGAUUAUCAGAAGUUUACAACGUAGUUGGCCAACGAUUGUUUACGACUCCUCCUUCCUUAAACUCCAAGCGCCUCUACUCAAGAAGACACUCGACCAUCCAAAUCCCUCCAUUUCUGGCCCAACUGUCACCUUUUGGAACUCAGCUUAUGGAGAUCAAGCCCAUUUAGAUAUCCCUCCUCAUUUGCAUCAUGUUUUAGACAAGUUAUCCCGACUUGGAAAGAUAAAGAUUAGAAACAAAAGAACUCCCGUAGUACAGAAAUAUAGCUCGAAUUCAGAAGCUACAAUUUCUCGUCCCAAACUCAAUGUUAAGGCUACACUGAAUACAUGCUCAAAGAGAGUCGAGCUUUUGGGAAAUAUAAUGGAUGGAUCUCCCUGUAAGAGAAAGCUGCUUCCUCCCUGUCCGAAAAGAAAGAGGUCGGAGCUCACUGACCAUCAGAAAGAAGUGCGGAAGGCACAACAAGGAAAGCUAAGAGAUUGUAGUGGACACGGCCCUGGAGUCCGAACAUAUACAAAUGCUGAUUUUUCUCAAGGAAGUAAUUAUGAGGAUUCACAAGAUAGUCAAGACGUCCGUGAUCCUGAGUUGAUCUUGGAUUUGCUGAGAAAAACUUGUUGAUUGUCUUUAAAACUAAUUAUGCUUAAUUUUGACAUGGUUACAGCCACAUUCAGUUUGUGUAAUGAAUUAGUCUAUUGUAUAGUUUUAUAUAUAAAUAAUGCUGGCAUACUUCAUGUAUUAAGGUAUGCUAGUUCUAAUUAUAGUUAACGAAUCUAAGAACCUCCUGAGUCCUGAUUGAUGAGCCAAAGUUUGCAAAAAGAAUUACUCUAUAUCUGUGGACA